UUAAGAGCGCUGGGUGUAGCUGCUCCACUGAAGUGGAGCAAAGAGUGAAACUGGAGAGAAAUAAAAGGUACUUUUGGGCUAAAUUCGCUCUAAAUGGUACAUUGAAGCUGUGGUGGAGUAAAGAGACAGGCUGCAGGUCUGCGGCGGCUGCAGGGUGGAGGACGCCUCCGUCAUGGUGAAGGAUGUUCCGAAAAGUGAAAAAGCGCCACAGCAGCAGCAGCUCGCAGAGCAGCGAGAUCAGCACCAAGAGCAAGUCGGUGGACUCCAGCCUGGGCGGCCUGUCCCGGUCCAGCACGGUGGCCAGCCUGGACACAGACUCCACCAAGAGCUCAGGAAACAGCACGUCUGACGCCUGUGCUGAGUUUCGAGUCAAAUAUGUGGGAUCCAUUGAGAAGUUACAGUUCGACAUGAGCAAGACGCUUCAGGAGCCGCUGGACCUCAUCAACUACAUCGAUGCUGCUCAGCAAGAUGGGAAGCUUCCCUUUGUGCCUGGAGAUGAGGAGAUGGUCCUGGGAGUGUCCAAGUACGGAGUGAAAGUGGCCUCAGUGGACCAGUGUGACGUGCUGCACCGCCACCCUCUCUACCUGAUCGUGCGGAUGCUGUGUUACGACGACGGCCUGGGAGCCGGGAAGAACCUGCUGGCCCUGAAGACCACCGACACCAGGCAGCAGGAGUGCAGCAUCUGGGUGUACCAGUGCAGCAGCUCGGAGCAGGCUCAGUCCAUCUGCAAGGUGCUGUCGGCUUCGUUCGACUGCGUUCUGACGUCAGAGAAGUCCUGAGGCUCUAGCAGCAGCUCCAGAUGUUUUUUUUUUUUAAAAUCUUUUUACAAGUUCAGCUUGCAGGAAAACAUGAUUCCAGCGUUUGCUUCAGAGGAAACGUCUCCUCCGUUUGCCGCGGUGCUGUCCUCCCGCCGAGGCGCCGUCACUGUGAAGUCUGAGUCAUUUCCCCGGACUGUUUCCUUUCUCCCCGUUUUAAACUGAAGCUGGUAAUAAUGAGUCAGGAGGGGCGAGGAAGCCCCAGGUCUCUGGGUUUUCCCCGUCUCAGACGGUAACGGGAGACGCGAGGAGGAAAACCUCCACGGUACUCAGAUUCCUCAGGAGUGAAUCUGACCGUCACACUUCUGAAUGUGUCUUCACAGUGUUGGUACUGCUGAACGUCACAGAUCAGCUUUAACUGUGCUUCAUUUGUGGGAUUUAUCCAUUUUUUAUGCAUUACUUUUUUUUGUUACUGCAGUGUUUGGUACCUGAAGCUUUGUCUUGUUUUUAACGUGACGGUCACAUCUCUGCAUUACACAUGGUUUUACUGACAGGUACGUUCUCAUCAGGUGGAGACUGGUCACCGCUCUGGUACUAACCUAAAAUAAUGACCCUCCAGCCUCCAGCUGUCGCUCCCUCUCCUCUCCUGCUCUGAAUGUGAGACGGCGAGAAACUGACAAAACUCCUCUGCGUACGACUUUCAUGUUUGUGUGUGAAGAAUAAAAAGUGUGCUGCGAUUGUA